GCGCUGACUGUUCUCUGCUGUCAAAACAAAGCUGCGAAAGAAAUAUUUGUGUUUCUGGUAUUUCAUUGUUUUUCCCUGCUAAAAAGCCAUGGUGUACAUUCAUUUCCCAUCGAAUCUGACAGAGGAGGAACUGAUGCUGCAGACAAAGUAUCAGAAGUUGAAGAAAAAGAAAAAGGCAUUGCAGGCUCUGAAGACACCUAAACAGGAGCCAGAGAAGCCUCUAAUACCCAAGAGACCAGCAGACGCUAGAGAUGCGCGAGAAGUGGCAAGGAAGCUGAUAAAAAGCGGUGCAAUUCAGGCGAUUCAGAAGCCUCAGUCGAAGCAAGAUCAAGUGUCCUUUAAGAGGCCAAAGGGACAGGAAAGGAAGCGUGUCUUGCCGGAAAGUCCAGCUAAUGUGGCCUCCUAUCAACCUUUCUCAGCCACACAAAGCACCGAAGCUGGAGCGCCGGCUGGAGUGCCUCCCAGUCCAGAGAAAGAGGUUUCUGGGCGCGUGCAGAACUUGUAUCAGCAAUUGGCCACAGAAAGGGAUCGAGAGGAGCGAGGAUUGGUGGACAAGAAGAUCAUGGAGGCACCAGUGGUGCGUCCAGACAAGCCCCGCACAGGGAACACGAUAUAUGUGUCGGGAAAUAAGGUGACAGAAGACUUCCUGAAGAAGCACUUCAGCUGCUUCGGGACAAUUGUCAAUGUGUCGAUGGAGAUCGAGAAGGGACGUGGAUUCAUCACGUUUACAAAGCCGGAAUCUGCUGAGAAGGCGAUCAGCGAUAUGCACAGCAAGUCUGUGGCUGGGAUUCAGUUGCAAGUUCAGCUGGCCAGACGACAACCACAAAUUGAACCGAUCAACGACGCCUCCUCUUCAGCUGUGUGGUCAACACUGGCGGCCAGUCACUCGCAGAAGGGCAGUCUCAAGGAUAAGCGCGAAAUGGUCCACUAUGACGACAUAUUUUAGACGACUAAGAGG